GCGUCACGCCCCCAUCCGCUCUACCCAAUCGGCUUGCGAGGCGCUAGUUUUGAUUUGAUUUUGCAGCGGCGUAGCGCCGAGGUGAGGGAGGGGCGGGGGCCCCGGGAAGGACCUCGUGAGGCCUGGAGGAGCGCGAGCCUGACUGUAGAAAGGGUAUCCUGAACUCUUCUGGGAUAUAUAUGAAACUAAUGUUUAUAACCAGCUUUUGAAUUCUCAGACUGCUCUGUAAAUGGCUCUGCUGCUGAGUCUCAUAAGGCAACUUCUAGAAUACUUUGGUGUACCAGCUGAUCAGUUCAUACCAAGGUGGGAAGCUUAUAUAGACAAUAGCAGCAUUGGCCGUAUGAUUGAAACACGUCUUCCUUCAACCCCCUUCUCAAGAAGGCACUUUCAGCAGAUUAUAUCAGCUUGGCAAAGUAAGGAAUAUGGAUCUACGCGAAGCAUUGUUCGUAGACUUGGGACAGUUCUUUCUUUAGAACCUUGUCCAAGACCUCACUUUCAGGUGGUCCAAGACCGGAAUUCUUUGGAUUAUGACGAACGAAGUACAACUCCAAACCCUGUAGUUCCAUCUCUUGGUGAUAUUCUGAGGGUGGUAAAUGAUGAGGGAGAAUCUUUUGCUAGAUUUAGGGCUGAAUCAAGGGGAAAGGAAAUAAUUACAGUUGACCAUGAUGUAUCUCCAGCUAUAGUUUCCUUGCCAACUGUUCUAAAAAGUAGAGCAGAGAGAGAAAAUCUUGUGAAUGAAGAAGCAAUUAAAAAAAUUUCUGCACUUGAAAAUGAGUUAAUCCUUCUUCGUGCCCAGAUUGCUGCAAUUGUUGCAGUGCAAGGAUCAAGAAAUAGUAAUCAAUCAGGUUCAGAUGUCUUGAAUUCAUUUGGCAUUCCAAGUGGUUCUUUCCCAGUGCCAGCAAUGACUUCUACGCCAUUGUUCACCGCACCAGAUCACUUUGUAAUCCCUCCACCUCCCCCACUUCCGUCUAUAGCACCAUCUGGCUUUGAUGCCAGUAAUUCAGCAAUUGAACUUAUUAAACUACGUCGUGCUGCAAGUAAGACCAGCUCAACAACUGUUGACAAAACUGAACACCAGAAGACCCAGGGUGUUCUUAGUAUGAUGGAUGUUUUGAAGGAUAUAAACAAAAUCCGACUGCGAACUAUUGAGAAGUCACCUGGUGGUACACCUCUUCCUAAGACAAGAAAAAGGCGGAGUUCACAGUGGGAUCCAGCAGCUCUAAUAGCUCAGGCUCUAAAGCAGAAAUUUGCACAUCAAAAUGGCAAUGAUUCAUUGGACAAAGAAAACCGAUCUUGUGACAACUCCCCCUUUUCCAGUCCAGAAGCCCCUCUGGUUGGACGUCACAUUUUGAAGCCAAACUCAAAGAACAGCCUCAUAAAAGCUGAGGAAGUAACACAGGUAUCAACAGCAAAAGCAAGGGUACAUAUUUAACUGGUGGCGCUGUGUG